AUGUCUGGACCUUCGACCUCAAACGAAAGAUCCACUGGCCAAGGCCUUGCUCCGCAACACCAACACUUGCAGCAGCAGCACCUCCACCACCAACAACAAUUGGACCACACCACCGCCGCCGCCAUUGCGUUGGCCAACGGGCAUGACUUCCCCAACCCGGCUGCCGUCAUGGGCCACCACGACGACGAGAGCCAAUACCACCGUGGCGUUCACAUGAGCGCUGCCGCCGCCGCGCAAAUGCAACAGCAGCAAAUGCAACAACAGCACUUGCAGCAACAGCACUUGCAGCACCAGCACUUGCAACACCAACACUUGCAGCAGCACCCUUUGCAACAGCAGCACCACUUGCAGCAACAAUUGCACCAGCAACAGUUGCACCGCCAGCAGUUGCCACAGCACCAGCACGCCAUGACGCUCCCCACCGCGGGGAUUGACUACGAGAAUGGCGGCUUCCUUGUGUCUAGACACGGCGAAGGCGACAUUAUCAAGACUUUCUCCAGUAAGCAAGACUUGGUCAAGUAUGUCAAGACUGUGCUCAACGAAGAGGAACAAUGCAAGAUUGUCAUCAACUCGUCGAAGCCCAAGGCUGUGUACUUCCAGUGCGAGAGAUCUGGCUCUUUCAGAACCACUGUCAAGGACGCUACCAAGAGACAGAGAGUGGCGUACACCAAGAGAAGCAAGUGUGGAUACAGAUUGGUGGCCAACUUGUACCCUCCAGAGAAGGACAAGGCUAAGAAGAUGAAGAAGGAGCCCAACGAAUUCGACGGCACAUACCACGACGACGACAAGAAGGACUCGGAGAUGUGGAUUUUGCGUAUGAUCCACCCUGCGCACAACCAUCCUCCAGAACCUAACUUUGCCACUGUCGGCGGCAAGAAGAAGAGAGCAAAGUACACCAGAACGUUGGUGGAAAAGCCUUUGCACCGUAACGGUGGUGCUGCCGCCGCCGCUGCCGCUGCUGCCGCUGUCGGAUACCAGCCUGAGCUUCUUGAUCAUCACCAUCUCCAGGCGCAACAAUAUCAACACCUCCAGGCGCAGCACCAACAACAGCUCCACCACCAGCACCUCCAGCACGCGCAACAUCUUCAACACGCACAACACCACCACGAGGACAACCAUCCCUCAGUGCAAGAUGUUGCCGUUAUCGCCGCUAUGGAGGCUGCUCCAGGCAACGGAGGUUUGCUGAACCCACCUGUUGACCCUAGUAUCGAGACGAGCGUGGAUCCUAACGUGGAUCCAAGCGUGCAACAGCACGACCAUGCUCACGGCCACGUCCACUAG